AUCGUUCAAUACAAAGGUGAAUAUCAUGCAAAUCAUCCAACGAUACUCGCUUUUUGGGAGGCAUUUUUUGAGUUGACAAGCUCAGCAAGCUAUAUACUUGGUAACCUAUAUUUCAUGUAUUUUUCCUUUCUUUCAUCGAUGCAACUUUUUCUUGCAAUUCAUAGGCUAGUUUUCGUUUUCCCACGGAUUCAACAAUUUCUACAGUUCUUAAUGGGUUCGACGCGACUGCCGGUUGGUGGUAUGUCAUCGAUGAAGAUGUACGUUCAACCGACAGCUCCAGAGGUGCUACCGGUUGCGCACACCUGCUUCAACCUGCUCGACCUGCCCAAUAUCGCCGACAGCAAAGAACUGUUGCGCCGCUUGCGGAUCUCCAUCCAGCAUACGCAAGGAUUCACCCUCGUUUGA